CUGAUAACAACAACAUAAAAAUUUCUGUAUUGCAGCAUAAUGCUAAUGUUUUAUUCAUGAAUAAUACAUUUUACAAUUCUAAUGACAUUUCUGACCCAUGCAAUGAUUCUAUUCUUCUCAAAAAUCAUGUCCCGUUUGCAUUUCAUCAAAUGGCAAAGUGUUUUGUGAAAGCUACAGGUGCUGAAUCGAAAAGAAUGAAUCAAUCAAUUUGAUAAAUGUCUUUGGUUAUUGCCUCAGGUGAUGUACCUAUACCCGAAAACUUCAUUUAACUCAUUGAUGUCUCUUUUCUCUUGAGGAAAAUACCUUCAAUCUAAUAAAGCUAACAUCAAAUGGCACACUAGAGGGCAAAAGAGAUCCUUUUUAUGUUGACCUCCGUUCCUUAAAGGGAUGAUUCACCAAAUAAUAAUAAUGUCGUUCCAAACCUGUAUGACUUUCUUUCUUCUGUGGAACACAAAAUUAGACAUUUACUUUAAACAUUGUGAAUAAUGUCCUUGUCACUAUUUUAAGGAUUAGAUGGACAUGAAUCUACUGAACUGAUCAAAGGAAACCCAGUGUUGUCUUAACGCUGCUUUGCAGUGUUGAUAAACUCUAAUCUUUAGGCACAAGAACUAUGCUAAUUUUUGUUCCUGAUGUAUACAAGAGAGAAACAUCUGCCGCAGUUUUUUAUCAUGUGUUCAGGCCACAGAGGAUGUGGUAAAUGAACGUUUCAGAUGCUGAUAACCACCACAGAAAGUGUCAGGAAACAGCACAGCGCUUCCCUGGAAGCAAAGAGCUUCUGAGUUGUAAGAGUUCCAGAGAGAGUCCAUAGUAGAUUCUUCUUGAUCUUGUAAUUUCUACCUUUCUUGUACAGUAUAUAUAUAUAUAUUUAUGUGUAUAGCUUUGCAGUGUCUUUGUAUGCUCAGUGAUGUGGUAUUUGGUCAUAGUUCUUAUCUUCACAGUAUAUGGAACCUAUGGCUGUGUGAUAACAAGUCCAGACCAGAAGGUUAAUGAUGGUACAGAUGUGUAUUUGUCGUGUAAUUUCUUCCAAUGUCCUGGACAUCUGGAUGUCAUGUCUCUCAGUGUGGAGUGGGAAUUUCAGAAUAUCUCUCAGACAGAAAUAAUCCUGUACUACAUCAGCAAUAAAACUGUAUCAACAUUUCCCGGUGUAAUGUUUUGCGGAGAUGUCAAAAUGGGGAGUUUUGAUAUACACCUCCCAUCCGUGACCCGUGAGAACAAUGGAACUUACUUGUGUAGAUUGCGUCUCAGUGGCAGGUUCUUCAAGAAUUAUACACACCUUAUUGUCCAAUCAGCACAGAGCAGGAGAAACAGUCCAGGUGUGAUUCAUCCACAGGCUCAUCCUCUCUGGUGGCUGACCCUGGUGUCAGUGGCUGCGUUUGUGUUACUAAUUGGUAGUGUGUUUUUUGGAAGGAGGGCUUGCAGAUCAAUCCAGAAAGGUGAUGAUUCAAAGCAAAAUAUGGAAGAGGUUAAAACCAGAACUGCCUCUGAAGACAUGGGAAUCACAUACAAGGUGGGAUUCAGCUCUAUGCCUGUUCUGGCAGAUGUGAGCAGUCCUCCCAACAGUCCAGACAACAUCUAUAUUACCAUGCACAGUUUCCCAUUCACACCAGACGCUCCUGUCACAGCGGGACACAACAGACGUCUUCCCUCUGAUUGGCAGCCGGAGAAUGAAGAACCUGUAUAUGCCCAAUGCCACUAAGAUACAUGAAGUUAGAUCAUGCCGCUUGGUGCAAAACGCAUAAAAGAUGAGUCACAAACAGAAUAAUUAAUUUUAAUUCAUUUAAAUGGAUGAGCGUAAAAGUAAUUUGUAUUGUCACAUAGUAAAAUGUGCUUGAGGCGUUAGUCCCCGUCAUUCUAUUUUAGGUAAAGGUACACUAUGUUGUGUUUAAAAAAACUGCAUGCAUUUUUUGGGAGAACAUUGUUUUCGUUGUGCUUUGGCUCUGCAUCUAAAAUAUAAAUAUAAAAUAUGCAUGUCAAUAAUUGGUUUAUUUUGUAAUACUGCCCAGCUGACUGUACAUUAUCCCUCAUAAUAAAUCUGUAUUCAUCUGUCUGAAAUAUGCGUGCGAUUCAUUCAAUGCCAUUUUCAUUAUUUAGCUUUCCUUUUGUCCUCAUGCACCUCUUCCAUCAUCUGCAGGUGUCAACAGUGUGCAAUAUAGUUGCACUUCAUUGUCUGAGCUUCAGUCACUUGACUUUUCCUCUUUAUAUUCUCAAUGACUUCUCAUCAGCAUGAAAUUGCCACUUCUUAU